CUUCGCCCGGCAGAACCCAGAGGGAGCGCGAGACAGCCAGCUAGCAAGCAAAGCACGCACAGCACAGCAAGGCAAGCAAAGCAAGCUAUCCAACUAGCAAGGGACUAUGGCUCUAGGACCCCAUAAGGCUGCAGCCCCUCAGCUUUUCCCCGACCCACAAGAGGCAGCCCCUUGCAAACCUGCGCAGGAUCGAAGGAGGAAGCCAACUCAGGAAGGGAUCAGGUUGAGUAUUUGUUGGCCUUGGGGAGCCCUGCUGGACGAGGGAAAGCACCGCUGGGGCUGGAGCAUGGCAGAUGAGGAAAACCCCCCUCUUCCUCCUCCUACGCCUCCUGCUGCUCCUCUUCCUCCAGAGGAUGAUGAGGAUAUUGGCGUCCCUUUGUCCCACCAGGAUCCCUGUGCCGCGACCAUUGCCACCACCAGCAGCAAUAGCAGCAACAGCAGCCGGUGCAAUGUGCUGAGCUGGGCUCAAGUGCAGCGUCUGGACGGGAUCCUGAGCGAGACCAUCCCAAUCCACGGCCGGGGCAACUUCCCCACCUUGGAGAUGCAGCCCCGGCAGAUUGUGAAAGUGGUGCGCAGCCGCCUGGAGGAGAAGCGGAUCGGGGUUCGAGACGUGCGCCUCAACGGUUCAGCUGCCAGUCAUGUCUUGCACCAGGACAGCGGCCUGGGCUACAAGGACUUGGACCUCAUCUUCUGCGCCGACCUCAAGGGCGAAGGCGAGUUCCAAACCAUCAAGGACGUUGUCCUGGACUGCCUCUUGGACUUCCUCCCCGAAGGGGUCAACAAGGAGAAGAUCACCCCACUCACCCUCAAGGAGGCCUAUGUGCAGAAAAUGGUGAAAGUGUGCAAUGAUUCAGACCGAUGGAGUCUUAUCUCCUUGUCCAACAACAGUGGCAAAAAUGUGGAGCUGAAAUUUGUGGACUCUCUGAGAAGGCAAUUUGAGUUCAGCGUCGAUUCGUUCCAAAUCAAACUAGACUCGCUCCUCUUGUUCUACGAAUGUUCUGAAAACCCAAUGACUGAAACUUUUCACCCAACUAUCAUUGGGGAAAGUGUCUAUGGGGAUUUCAAUGAAGCCUUUGACCACCUUUGCAACAAGAUCAUUGCCACCCGAAAUCCAGAAGAGAUCAGGGGAGGUGGUCUCCUUAAGUAUUGCAAUCUCCUUGUAAGAGGCUUCAGGGCUGCCUCGGAAGCAGAGAUGAAGUCUCUUCAGAGAUACAUGUGUUCCAGGUUUUUCAUUGACUUCUCAGACAUCGGGGAGCAGCAACGGAAGUUGGAGUCGUACUUGCAGAACCACUUUGUGGGACUGGAGGACCGCAAGUAUGACUAUCUCAUGACCCUUCAUGGCGUGGUGAAUGAAAGCACAGUGUGCCUGAUGGGACACGAGAGGAGACAGACUUUAAAUCUGAUCACCAUGCUGGCCAUCCGGGUGCUGGCUGAGCAAAAUAUCAUCCCCAAUGUGGCCAAUGUCACUUGCUACUACCAGCCAGCCCCAUACGUCGCAGAUGCCAACUUCAGCAAUUACUACAUCGCCCAGGUUCAGCCAAUGUUUCCUUGUCAGCAACACACAUAUUCAACUUGGUUGCCCUGUAAUUAACAGGUUUUAACGGACUUAGUGGGAGAACGUUUUCUCUCAAGCCCAUUAAGGGAGGGGGUGCCUGUCGCCUUUGGAAAAUAGGGUGGUUCCCAUAUAGCGGUGAAUCUGCUCUGGCUUCUGAGUUGUAGGGGAAGCUGUUGGUUCUUCUACUUAAUGCAGUGGCGCAAGAUUUAGAAAAGAACCAAAAACUUACUGGAUUCCACCACAGAGCACAAAGCCUGUCAUAAAAAGCAAACAGACUCCCUUGAAAUAAACCAGGGAGGAAUGCUUGAUGACAAUAUGGGUAGGCAACACCUGCUCCCAUAGCUAUGACAUAGGGAAAGCUGGGAAGCCUUUUUAAAAAAUGGGAUCUCAAAAACAAAACAACAAAAAAAAAGAGGGGCAAAGGGGAAGAAUAUGAGCGUGGGGAGGGAGCUAAAUCUGUGUUCAGGAAUUUAAAAUUAGUGGCCUAACACAAGAGUUGUGUUGGAAUAAGGUAUAUUUUGGAAUUAUUGCCUUUUGGCCAUGCAUCAAAGUGCUGUCAAGUGGAAUGAUCCCACAGAAUGUAUAGCUUGCUUGAAUAGAAUGCUUUAAGAGUAACAACUUGCUCCAAAGGAAGAGCAGUAGAUGGUUACAGUUAUUUAAAAAAGAAAAAGAAAAGAAAGAAAAAUAAGGAGGGCUGUGCAGGGUGAUAGCAAAUUUCAUUAUUUCCAGCUGUAUGCAUGCUUCACAUUUUUUUAAAAAAUGUGGAAAAGUAAAAAACACAAGGAAAAACAGCUGUAGCAAGCAACAUAUGCUUCAGGACCAAAGAUUUCUCAGACAAAUUAUCUAAACAAAGAGAACACAGUAGACUAUUACAAAAAGAAAGAGAGAGAGAGAGUGAUUACUAUAUUUGUAUACACAAAUGUUAAACAAAAGUGCCUGAUGCCUUCAGAAAAUUUGAAGUGAGAAAAAUAUAGUUUUGUGGUUUAACCUUGCAUUUUGUUUUUGUUUUUUAAUCAGGGACACAAGAAACUAAAAAAAAAAGCUUGUGAAUAAAUGGUGGAGGAAAUGACUAUUUUUUUUUUCCUGGCAAAUACCUAUAAAAAGUUUAUAUUGUUGGUGUGAUAUUAUCACAGGUACGUGUGUGUAUGUGUGUGUUUAUUUGUCAUGUGUGCAUAUAUGUGUGUAUGUAACAUGUUAUGUAUAUAUACACACAUUUUAAAUAUGGUCUAGAAAAAUGUAGCAACUUUAAGGAAUGUUUUACAUAAAAUAAAGUGCGUUUUCCAGUCUGCAACAGGAUAUCAGAAUAUUGAGGGCAUUUUGCUGAGAGAGUCAUUACCCUGCACCAGAAAACUGGGAUAAACAAACUAGUCAUACAUAAAUUUGGAUUCAAAUUAGGCAUUUGUUUGGAGGUACAGAUCUUAAUAGUUAUUCACUGAGUUACUUUUGAGCUACAUCAGUUUUUAGUCUGGACAAACAUUUCACUUUCCUCUCCAACUUUGUACUGUAAUAUGAUUUUGAUGUUUAUCUCACUUAGUUUUGUGACUGCAUACCUCUAUGGUGUGUUAGACACCUAUUGCAAUGUGGCUUAAAGAGACAUUAACCCUGACAUCUAAAGAUUUUAGCUUUAGCCACUGAUCUAAAUACUCAUUAUUAAUAUAUAUUUUAAACUAGCAGAAUGCACUGUGCAUUCCACGACCACUAGAAGUGAGUAAAUGUGAAAUGAACCAUUAUGAAGAACAUUGAAUAGAUGUUUAAAAUGUAUAUUAUAUAUUAUGCAACAAUUAAACAACUUUGAUCUGGUUGUCACACUGCAUUUUCCAGCUUAGUACUGUACCUUAUUUAAAACAAAUCAUUGGAACAAAUAAUCUGAUUUAAUUUCCUUUCUCUCAAGCAUCAGAGAGCUGGGAAAUCAUUGUACAAGGAGUGUUUCUUCCACCACUGUGGUGAUUUAUCAUACAAAAGAGUUUAAUUUUCCAGCCAAGGGCCUUUUCAAAGCAAACAAAAUCUAACAGAACACCUCAGAAGCAUUCAAAUAGAGAGCUAAGAGCUCUUAAGUCCAUGGACAGAAAAUCUGUGGGCUAAAAGGCUCUGAAAUGUUGUGCUGGGUUGUGGCCCACAUUUUGGGUUUUUUUCAUGCUAAGGAAAGAACUUAUGGUUAUAGCACUGAACAGAAAAAUAUAACCAUGCCACCCACUGUAGAAUCAAAUGAAACAGUACUGUAUAUAUGCAGCGCGUGCAGAGAAAUGUUAAAAGCAGCAUAAAAUAUUUAAAGUGGCGGGAUUAGUAAAUUGCUAAGCAGUCAGGUUAGUGUCCCUUUGUCCCAGUAAAGCUCUGACAAUGUUUUUUUCUUUACCCAUUUUAAAUUAUAGAAGCUUCCCCCCCCCUUAUUUUUACCAUCCUUUUUAUUUCUAAAAUGAAGUUUAACAGGAUCACCAUUUGUUUACUCAACCCUCUCCUAUGUGAAUUUGUCAGGAAUUGGUCAGUCAUUGUCUUGACUUGGAAGCCCUCUGUCAUCACUUUUGCACUGCAUCCUUUUGAUGCUUACUAACUAUGGCCUGAAAAUGCAUGCACACACACUUACAAUCAGCCACUCACUCACACAAAUGUAUAUAUCAUUGUCUCUCUGUGUGUAUCCUACACAUGCACAUUUUGAUCAGUGCUCACUUGUGAAAAUGAAAUGUUUGCUCCUGGCAGACUUGUCCUUUCAGAGCAGCAAAGCCAAGACAGAGAUGGUUCUAGUCAAAACCAAGAAUUUAGCCUCUGGUUGUUUGGAGGACUUUCUGGCGGAAACCAAACU